AUGAAUGCGCACUCAUCCACAGCUCGUGUCAGCAAAAAUGUUUUUAUAGGAUAUGGUUAUGGUUUAUCCACUCAAUAUAUAUCAAAGGAAAAUUUACUGUUUUAUUGUAUUAAAAUGGCAAAUAAUGAUCAUUGGAAAUACUAUGAAUAUAUUUAUUAUGCUAAUACAACAGCUGCUCAACUAACGUUUGGAUUUUGGGGAUCUAGAUAUUCUCACAGUGAUGGUGCUUAUCAUACAAGAGAACGAGAACAUUUUGAUUAUAUUCGUCAAAGCUUUUCGACAAUUCCAAAUGAACGUUAUCGAAUUAGUUUUUGGUUAAAAGUAAUCAAUAACUCAUCUAAUAUUGUCAAUGUUACAACUCAUCUAUUAACAGCUACUUCUCUAAAUCAUUGCAUCACAGAGAGAAAUAAGGACUGGUUCUUUUAUUGCUAUAAUACUCCAUCACAUAAUUUAACAUAUUACACAUUGAAUUUUACAACUGGCAACUGUAAAUAUGCUGAACUUAUUAUUGAAUUGAGUAAUGAUCAAGGUUAUUCGCUAUUAGAUGAUAUAUCAGUAUUAACUAAAACAUCAUUAACUGAACUAAAUUUUGGUUUUCGAUAUGAUCGCUCUUCAUCGAAUUUAGAUGAUGUAUCUGUAUUAUAUAUGCACAAUAAUCAAUUAUUACAAAAUGGCACAUUCUAUGGCUAUCAUGUCUAUCGUCAUAAUCAAUGGUACAAUGAAAUGGCCAAUUCGGAUAAAACAUUAGGCGCUAAACAUCGAAUUGUCGUUCUCCGAACUGUGAUUGAACCAGUUCGAUCACUGAUUGGACCACGCAUUAAAUAUAUUGAAGCUGCAUGUGUGGAUAUUGAUCCAACAUCGAAAGUUAUUACAUGCAGUAAUGAAGGUGAAAAAUUAGUAAUAUCGACCGAUCCAGGAUCCAACACCGAAGGUGGAGCAUUCUCUAAACAAAUCUUAGAUUCCGCUUGUACUCGACCAAAAUUCGAUAUGAAAUAUGAUACACUUGUCAUAGCUGCUGGCUCGCAGAAUAACACGUUUAAUACUCUGGGUGCAGAAAAAUAUGCACAUUUUCUCAAGGAAAUAGCCGAUGCUCGACGUAUUGGUGCGGCAAUUAGUGAUGCUUUUAAAUCAGCGAUGAUACCAUCACAAACUGCCGAAGAACGUAAACGCCUACUUCAGUUUGUUGUAGUUGGUGGUGGACCGACCGGAGUGGAAUUUGCUGCCGAAGCAAGAAACUCAGAAUUAGAUAAAAAGAUUAGUGAUUAUAUGGAAAAUCAUUUCCAUCGUGAAAAUAUCGAGGUUCUGACUAAUACUAGGGUUAAAGCUGUAAAGCAACGUGAAGUUAUUAUUCAAAAGAAAGGCUUAGACGAAUUAAGCUCAGUGCCAUGUUCGGUUGUCAUUUGGGCAGCUGGUAUCAGAGCUCGAUCAUUGACUAAUCGUUUGCAUGAAAUAAUCGGUCCGAAAUUUCAAAGCAAUCGUAUGGGUCUUGUCAUUGAUCAAUAUCUUCGUGUGAAAGGCGUUGAAGAUGGUUCGAUUUAUGCCCUUGGUGAUUGUGGAACAAUCGAACAACCGAAAUUACUCGAUCGAUUACAAUUACUUUUUGAAGAAGCGGAUAAAAAACGUGAUGAUUUACUCGAUCUUCAAGAAUUUCAAACAUUACUUGAAUUGUUUUCAAAAGGCGUGGAAAAGUCUUUCCACGAAGCGGAUGAAGAUAAAUCUAGUCAGCUUAGUCUCGCUGAACUUCGUUCGACACUGGAAAAAGCAGAUCAAAAAUUGCGCGCUCUGCCUGCUACUGCUCAAGUUGCUGCACAACAAGGGCUUUAUGUCGCUAAUUUACUCAAUCAGAUUGCCAUUUCACAUGACGAUACGCCAAGCCGCUCCGGUACAAACAUAUGGGUUCAUUAG